CCCUCCAGUCUUCUCAUCUCGUCUUCCCUCUCCAGUCCUUCUUUCCAUGAACUAACAAUCCGUCACACCUUCAACUAGUUCUUCAUUCUCUCCAGCGUUUCUCCAUUGUCCUCUUCUUCCUCUCCUCUCCUCUCCUCUUCCUCUUCUGUCAUGUCUGUAUCCAUGAGGAACCACCCACAGCGGCGGCGCUCUCUGGGUCCCGUCUCACCUAAACGUUUAUACAGAAACCUGUCCGUCAGACUGAGGGGUGGAGAGUCAUCUGUUGCCGGGGAAGUGGACAAACUAAAGCUCAGCAAGUCUGCAGACGCUUACACAACCCUUUGGGAGGCCGUGGAGAACGAGGACACUUUGGCUGUACAAAGCCUGCUAUCCAGAGACCACAUCAGCAAUGGAGGAAGAGGAGGAGUAGCAGCAAGCCUGUGGGAGAGGGGAGAGAGGAAAGAAAGGGACUGGGAGAGAGAGCGGGUGAAGGGGGUGAACAGGAUGAGCGAGCAGGGCCUGGUGCCUCUGGACGUAGCGGCCCUCACGCACAACUCCCCUCUGCUCCAUGUGCUGACAAAGGGCGGCGCAAGGCAUAACCCCGUUUUGUGCCGGCCGGCCGAGUGGGCAAUUAAGCUGGACUCUCUGGUGGCACUGGCAGGUAAACGGGUGGAGGAGCGUAAGAAGGAGUUGGUGAGGAGGACCAGCACCGGGCCUCAGGCGCAGGCGGACAUCCAGAGACACAUCCGCCUCUGGAGCCUCCGGCUGCAGCUGUACUGCCGCAUGAGAGAGAAUUUCCAGAACACAGAGCUCCCCGGCCCCCCCACUCACGUGUCCAUCGUGGUGACCAGCACGUCCUCCUUGUUUGUGACCAUCAAGGAGCCGGAGGGUGACACUAUGGGGCUCAUCACACGCUACAGAGUGGAGUGGAGCACCUCAGACAGCUUCAAACGUAUCCUGUGCUCAGCCCAAGUUACAGAGACCAAGAAUCCCUCCUAUAGUGUCAAGGGACUCAUAGCGGGAGUGCAUUACUUUGUAAGAGUGAGUGCCUACAAUGUGAAAGGAUGGGGUCCGCCUCAGUGCUCCGCUCCAGCCAGCGCUGCCCCCUCCAGUUGGAGGGAGUGCACCGGUGUGAAGUCACAGUUCAGAAACCACGAGGGUCUAGUGAGGAAACUGCUGGAAGAUGCCAGAGAGCCACAAUACAGAGGAUACUGCAUAGAGAGCUCGAAGCCCCAGAGUCCCAGCAAGCGUCUGUCUGUGUCUCGAGGCAUCAAACAACUCUUCCAGUCUGCCACCAAGUUUGUUCGCCUCCUACAAAGGGGCGUGUACUUGGCAACUGUGUUCUACCACAAGGAAAACAUCCUGGUGACGGCUGAAGAUCAAAUCCCACUGGUGGAGAUCCAGUGUUGCUCCUCCUCCAUCACACAGGACUUCCUGUGGUUUGCUAAGUUGUCCUGUGCCUGGCAACAAGUGCCCUGGCUCCGGCAGGCUCUGUUCUCUGCACACUCCUCCCCCUCCUCCCUCCUCCAGAACAGGCACAACAUUUUAAGAGCCGUUUCCCAGCUGCAGUCUUCACUGGGAACGAUGGACCUGGGCCAGGUGCACUACGAACCAGUGAAAGACCGGCAGGGCAACGUACUCCUGGUGACUCUGAAGGAGUUCCCGAGUCUUCCCAGUCCUCCCGACCCUCCGCUCCACUGGAUGCCCUUGACCCGUCUGGAAAAGAACCGCAGCAGAACUCCCCUCCUGCCUGAGCCCACCGCCAUGGACAUGCUCUUCGAACAGCUCAGGGAGAAGCUGUCCCUCCACAGGCACAGCAUCCAGUGGGCCCAGCCGGGUCUGUACGUGGGCAUCCUGAAACUGUGCAGCUCGGUAGAACAGAUCCGGGUCCUGGUGCCUCAGAGGCUGCCCAAUCUGCUCUGCCACACGCGAGUCCGACACAACGCCCACGUGUCCAGAGACGAGUGGGCGUGGCUUCAGAGUCAUGUUUACACCACGACCAGUGGCAGCAACCAGAACCUGUUCAGCGGCGACGACGAGAGCCUAAUGGAGAACAGUGGACUGGUGGAGUUUGUGAGGUCCCUGAGAGCAGCCAUCACUCAUCUCCUGACCAAACUCAACAUCCCCCUCUACAGGGCCUACCAGUACGGCGUGUUCACUCGCGAGCUGCUGGAGUUUGGAGAAAAACUGUCCGUGCUGCUGCUGCUGCCUCCAAGUGAGGACUUCAGCUCCAGUUACUGGCCCCUGAUGGGCACCAAGGAGCCCGGCCUCACCAUGCCUCUGCAGAUCUUUGAGCUCGUUCACUUCUGGACGUACGAACGCGACUUCCUGUCCCAGUACUGCCAGGUCUGGGUGAGGCUGGAGCUGGACACACAUCUGGCCCAGCAGGCUCUGCGGGAGGCGCUGGACACCAAGGAGGUGCAGGAGGCCCGAGAGCGGCUCAACCGCAUCACCGAGCUUGCACAUCGUCUGGAUGUGGUGUGGAGGGACGCCCGCUGGAUCAUGGACUGUCUUCAGUGCGUUCGGUCCAAGCAGUGGGUGGGGGCGGUGCCUCUGGGUCUGGUGAUGGGCGGAGACCCACCGCCACGUCCUGAUGGUGAAGACGAGGAGGAGAGUUUGACCGUCAGACUGACGUGGCCCAAUCGGAUGCAAGUACAGAGAGCCAAUACAGAGAGUUUAGUCAGUUCAAUUCAACCAAACCUCGUCACUGCUGAAGUUUCCCCUCCAGCAGGAAUCACGGUUGCUACUGAAGGGUUUGCCAAACUGGCGUCAAUGGAGGGCGUGGCAAAGGGAGGUUACCCUGUGGACAUCACCGGCCAAUCAACUGCGGACUUGACCAACAUUGGCCCGUCUGAAAUAUGUGCAACCACUUUAAUCGAGUCUGGACUGGAGCCUGGUGCCGUCGCACAGAUGGACGUAGGCUUCACGGUUCUGGACGCGCAGGAGGCCUACAACAAUGAACAGGACUUUCCUUCCAGCAUCACUGAGGUAAUCCGGCCGAUGGAGAUGUCGGAGUUAGUGGACAUCCUGCCAACACUGAGUCUCAUCGAGGAGGAGACCUCCAGUGGUCCGCCCACACCAUCAGUCAUGGACGUGCUGCAGAGCUUUGGGCUGGGGAUCGAUGAAAACAACACGUUGAUCGACUUGGGGAACUCCGGCUUGAUCAGCGGAGCCGGGACUCUCUCCGAACACAACCUGCACUGUAACAACAGCAGCGGGGGUGAGGCCCACGGUGAGGACGUGGCGUCACAAGAACAGGAUGCGUCGGCUUCUCGCGGCGUGUCCAGAGCCACCGGUGGUGACUUUCCAGUGAGAAACCAAGUGGAGUGGGACAGACCCUCCAACAGCUCGUCCUGAUAUCGACUCAACCAACAACUACUUUGAACUUGUGUCCUUUUGAAAUGACAGUGAGCUGCGCGCCACUGGUUGGUAGAGAAAAUAGAGUUUUAGGUUUGGAAAUUGCUUGGAUCAGUUCCAGUUUAUCUGGAUUUCUAAGGCCCCUUUAGGCUACAUCCAUACUACAACGUUUUCCUGUGAAAACUCUGCUGCAGUUACACCUGGCGUCCACACUACUCCGGAGUUUUAGAGCCGCUCAAAAAGAGAAGUUUGGAAACAC